AUGGCAUACGAAAUACAGGAAGUGCAUAUUCGUCAUUGUAUGCUUUUUGAAUUUCGCAAGGGUAAUAACGCUACAGUUGCGACUAAGAACAUUAGUGAUGUUUACCCAGGUUCAUUAGAUGUUCGCAAAUGCCAAAGAUGGUUUUCCAAGUUUAGAUCUGGGAAUUUUGAUCUUUCUGAUGCCCAUCGACCAGGAAGACCAUUGUCAUUAGACAACGACGUUCUAAAGGCAGAAGUUGAAGCAAAUCCAUGCCAAACCAUUGAAGAAUUGUCGAACACCCUUAACCAACCUUGGUCGACCAUCCAAGAACAUUUACACCAGAUAGGAAAAAUCAGCAGAGCAGGUGUUUGGGUCCCCCAUAACUUGUCAGUGCAAAACAAAGCCAACAGAUCAAACACGUGCAAUGCAUUGAUUCAACGGCACCAUGCAGAACCGUUUCUUGAUCGUUUGGUCACUGGAGAUGAAAAAUGGGUCCUAUACGAUAAUCCAAAACGCAAAAGGCAGUGGCUCUCCCCAAAUGAACCAGCACACAGUACUGCAAAGCCGGGAUUACACCCCAAGAAGGCGCUCCUGUGUGUUUGGUGGAGCAUUCGCGGAAUCGUCCACUUUGAAGUGCUUAUUCCUGGACAAACUGUUAAUGCGUACCUUUAUUGUCAACAAUUGGAUCGAGUGAACCAAACUCUAGUUGAGAAUUACCCGGCUAUCGUCAACAGAAAAGGUGUCAUUCUUCAACAUGACAAUGCAAGGCCGCACUGUACACGACGGACGCUAGAAAAAAUUAAUGAAUUGGGAUGGGAGCUUACUAAUGGUACAGUAAAAUGUGGUAAUUUACAAGUAGCUCUGCGAGCAGCAUUUUGCAAUGCAACAGCUAUAAAAAAUAUGUAUGCUCAGGAUAUUUUGAAACUUUUAACUAGAAUAUGGAUGAAAAAGUUUUAUGUAUCUUCUGAGGAUGUAACUUUUGAUCAUAUAGCUGGUAUCCAGGUAAAACAUAAGCAUCAUGAUUCAUGA